GCGGUAAAGAAGAGAGAAUGCUUUUUUCAAACAUCCUUCGGUCCCGACACCUUAUCACCAAUACUAAUAAUCUCCGUCACCGUUUCUGCAUCUCUUCUUAUUCCACACUCACAGCAUUAAAGGAAAACCAACACCAAGGACGCCUUCCAAAAGCACCAAUAAAGGAUAAUCGACGACAACCACAGCAACAGCAGAGAAAAGAACUAUUCGGUGGCUCUGAGAACGCAAUCCAACGCGUAAUUGCCAUUAUAAAAUCAUGUUCAACGAAGGACCGUUUGCUCCAAAUUCACGCCCACAUCAUCAGUACAUUCCUCAUUCAAGAACUCAGCAUCUCAACCGAAUUCCUGUCUUUAGCCGCCCUCUCCCCAUAUCGAGACCUUCGCUACUCCCGCAAAAUUUUCUCUCAAAUAUUGAAACCCACAACUUCCCACUAUAACAUAAUGAUAAGAACACACUCACAGAGUGAUUCACCUGCCCAGGGCCUUUUCUUUUACAACCAAAUGCGAGAGCGAGGUGUCUCUCCAAACCCCUUGUCGUCUUCCUUUGCUCUCAAGUCAUGUACUCGGAUUUCGUCUCUUAAUGGUGGUAGACAGAUCCAUGCGCGGAUUUUGCGAGAUGGGCACCAAUCCGAUCGUCUCCUGCUCACUACUUUGAUGGGGUUCUAUGCUACUUGUGAGAAUGGUCAUGAGGCCUGCCAAGUGUUCAACGAAAUGUCUCAUCCUGAUACCGUUGCUUGGAACGUUUUGAUAUCAUGCUACACUCGCAAUGGUCGCACCGGAGAUGCUUUCGGCCUCUUCAAUGUCAUGCAGAGUCCACCAUAUGGGUCUGAACCGGAUGAUGUCACUUGUCUUCUUCUCCUCCAGGCGUGUGCACAUUUGGGUGCUUUGGAAUUUGGUGAGAAGAUUCAUAGUUUCAUCAAUGAAAAUGGCUAUGGAAAUGCUGUCAAUCUUCAAAAUUCCCUUAUUGCAAUGUAUUCACGGUGCGGAUGUAUGGACAAGGCCUUCCUAGUGUUCCAAGGGAUGUCCGAGAGGAAUGUGGUUACCUGGAGUGCUAUGAUUUCUGGGAUGGCAAUGAAUGGUCAUGAAAGACAAGCCAUCGUAACUUUUGAAGAGAUGCAAAGAAAUGGAGUUCUCCCUGAUGAUCAGACUUUCACAGGAGUCCUUUCUGCUUGUAGUCAUGGUGGUUUGGUUGAUCAAGGUCUGGAUUUCUUUGAUCGUAUGAGAACAGAGUUUGGGUUAGUGCCAAACAUCCAUCAUUACGGGUGCAUGGUUGAUCUCUUGGGUCGUGCAGGUUUGCUUGAUCAGGCCUACAACCUUAUAAAUUCAAUGGUGUUCAAACCAGAUCCAACAAUUUGGAGGACUCUAUUAGGGGCUUGCAGAAUCCAUGGCCAUGUUGAACUUGGAAAGCGUGUUAUUGAGCAUUUGAUUGAGUUGAAAGGGCAAGAAGCUGGGGAUUAUGUAUUACUAUUAAAUAUUUAUGCUUCAUCUGGUUGCUGGGAGAUGGUAGCAGAGAUGAGGAGGUUGAUGAAGGAGAAGGGAAUCCAAACCACACCUGGCUGCAGUACAAUUGAAUUGAGUGGAAAAGUUAAUGAGUUUGUGGUAGAUGAUGAUUCACAUCCAAGGAAGGUGGAGAUUUAUGAGAUGCUGGAUGAGAUAGGAAAGCAACUUAAGAUUGCAGGUUAUGUUGCUGAUAUGUCAGCUGAACUUCACAAUCUUGGUAUGGAAGAGAAGGGGAAUGCUUUGUCUUAUCACAGUGAGAAGCUGGCCAUUGCUUUUGGAGUUCUGGCAACUCCACCUGGCACAACAAUCAGAGUGGCUAAGAACCUUCGAAUCUGUGUUGAUUGCCAUAAUUUUGCAAAGAUUCUUUCAGGAGUCUAUAACCGAGAGGUGAUUAUUAGAGACCGCAGCCGAUUCCACCAUUUCCGAGAAGGAUACUGCUCCUGUGGGGAUUAUUGGUAGCAGUCUUGCGUUGGAGAGCAAGGCUUAGAAAUUUCUGGUGAAAUGAGUGUAUGACAUGAUUUGGAAGACAAGAAUCUAAACUAUGGAUAUUCAAACUCUGUCAUAAAUGAUUUUCCAUUUCAUGAUUUUGAGAUGGCACCUGGGAUCUGACAUAAUUCUUGGUGGAUGACAAGGACAAUUAGUGAUUCUGCAUAUGCAUGAAUGGAAGGAUCUUAAGCACCACCUAAAAGGAUGAUUCUUUAAAGUUUGGUCUGAUGAAGGUGGAAAAAUUUGUGAAGUGUUCCAUGGAAGAAUCUUACAAGAAUGAGUUCAGAAACUGAUCUUCCAAAUUCAGCUUUCAUAGUGUUUACCUUGUCAUAACAUGUGGUGCUGAUUACGAGUUUGUAUGUAAAUGUUAAACCAAAUGCCAUGUCCUUCAAAGUAAAUGUCC